CAGGGCUGGCUGUGCCGGGUCUCCCUCCCCGGACAGAGCAGCCACUGUCCGGCAUGAAGGGCUGGGCUGCUGCCUCUUUCUCCUCCUCCUCCUCCUCCCGCCAUGGAACGCCUGCGGAGCCUUUCCCGGCUCCUUCUCCGGGCCGGGCCGCUGCCCCGGCGGACGAUGUGCGCCAUGGCCUUGGGUCUGACCCCUGGGGCCCGUCGGGCGGCCUCCUGCGGACCCCGCGCGGCAGGUGAAGUGCACCGGUUUAGAACUUCUGACGCCUCUCAAGCCACAUUAGCCAGUGUAGCCCAGGUGUUCACUGUGACAAGGUUUGACAAAGAAGGAAAAGUUUCUUCCUUUGAGAAGAAGAAAACGGAAUUGUACCAGGAACUGGGACUCCAGGCCAGAGACCUGCGGUUUCAGCAUGAGAUGAGCAUCGCGACCAGGAACAACAGGGUGAUCGUGAGGAUGGAGUAUUUGAAAGCUGUGAUAACCCCAGAGUGUCUCCUGAUACUAGAUUACCGGAAUCUGAACUUGGAGCAGUGGCUGUUCCGGGAACUGCCAUCCCAGCUGGCUGGAGAGGGUCAGCUGGUCACGUACCCGUUGCCCUUUGAGUUCAGAGCUUUCGAAGCACUCCUGCAGUACUGGAUCAGCACCCUUCAGAGCAAACUUAAUGCCCUGCAGCCAGUGAUCCUCGAGACACUGGACGCCUUAGUGGACCCCAGGCACUCCUCCGUGGACAGAAGCAAGCUUCACAUCCUGCUGCAGAACAGUAAAAGCCUGUCGGAGUUAGAGACGGAUAUUAAGAUCUUCAAGGAGUCAGUGCUGGAGAUCUUGGAUGACGAGGAGAUGCUAGAGGAACUCUGCGUGACCAAGUGGAGUGACCCGCACAUCUUUGAAGAGAGCAGCAGCGGCAUCGACCACGCCGAGGAGAUGGAGCUGCUGCUGGAGAACUACUUCCGGCUCGCCGAGGGCCUGUCCAACGCCGCCCGCGAGCUCCGCGUGCUCAUCGACGACUCCCAGAGCAUCAUCUUCAUCAACCUGGACAGCCACCGCAAUGUGAUGAUGAGGUUGAAUCUUCAGCUGACCAUGGGAACCUUCUCCCUUUCCCUCUUUGGACUCCUCGGAGUUGCCUUUGGAAUGAAUUUGGAAUCCUCCCUUGAAGAGGACCAUCGCGUGUUCUGGCUGGUCACGGGCAUCAUGUUCAUGGGAAGUGGUCUCAUCUGGAGGCGGCUGCUCUCAUUCCUUGGAAGACAGCUGGAAGCUCCUCUGCCACCUCUGAUGGCCUCUUUACCAAGAAAGACUCUCCUGACAGAGAAAAGAAUGGAGCUGAGAAACAGCCUCAGGCCCGAUGGCCUUGGAGCCGCCAGGACCGUCCUGACAAGCCGCUAGCAGCAGCCCGGUGGAAACGAGUCUUUUCAUACUUCGGACGCAGAGGCUGCUUUCGUCACGGAGUCGGUCACCCAAGAAGCGGCUGACACUCACAUUGUGUCUGAGGAGUGAUACAUGGUAACCACUGUACCAGAACUUAACCACUUCCAGAAUUCUGAGAAGCCAGGUGCUCUUCGGAAAGAUAAAAUUUUAUUUCUUACCCACCUUGAAUACUAUUUUAUGGACAUGAGAGGCAUGGAGAGAUUAGUUUUGUGCAAGAAUACACUGUUGUGUUGAUCUUGCUAUACAUAUCAAAAGCAGCUGCUUCACGCUGAAGGGAGCCCCGGGGGCUCACCCCACCCCAUCGCAACAGGAUCAGGUGCUGCGGGUCUCAUACAGGGAGUCCAGUUUGUGUGACUUCCCCAACUCAGGUGACCACAAAGCUAGUGCAACUUGUUGACCUAAAAACAAACUCGGAGUUCAACUCUGAAGUUAGUCCUUGACAUAAACUUAUUUUUUCAUAUUUGAUGACCUCUUUUAUAUAUAAGGUAAAUAAGUAUAAUAUCAGCACUUAGGUGGAUAAAUUCUAGUCAAUCGAUAUUUUACUUUUCUAAUUCCCCAUACUGUUUUUCUUUGCUUGCUUAUAGAGCCUUUAGAAGUAAAGUUGAGAGGACUUGCUUCCAUUCUGUUAUCAUCUUGUAGUUGUUUUGAUAAUUGCUUGAGUUUUAGAGAUUUUUAUACCACCUUCCCCAGAAGAAAUGUAUAUAGCUUCAUUAGUCUACCCCUCAAACUAUUUAUAGAUGGGCUGUAAAACUCUCAGGUAAUGUUAAAAUUACGGCAUCUCUUUAUUUUCACAAUCAGAGGUUGCACUUAAAGCAUGGCUACCCCAGAUGUGGCAGUUCACAGCUGUAUUCCCAGGUUCAGAAGGCUAAGUAAGGCAGGACGAUUGCCACAAGUUUAGGGCCAGCUUGAGCUACAGAGUAAGGCUGGCUCAAAACACCAAAGAAAUGAGUAAAUUAGAAAGGUCCUAGCUCAGUGGUGCCAUGCUUGCCUAGAAUACAUCCACCCUGCAGCGUUGACGUCCCUCCCACCCUAAUUACCUGUCCCGGGAGGAAGAUCAGGGGCCCAUUCACCAGUGGUUUAGUGAUGGGAAUAAAAAUGAGAUUCCAGGAGAGAACAGGAAGCUGCAGUGUGCAGUUUCUGCCCUCUUGUGUGGGAUUUGAGAAGCUGUUCCAGGGAGGCCAGAGGGUAGUGUGGCAGGAAGCAGGCUGGCCUGGACUCGGAGCGCUGAGUGCCCUGUGCGCUGACCAGGUCUGGAACGGCCCAGCCCCGCUCUCUUCUGCACACUCCUCAAAGCUCAAUGUCACUCCGCUGUGAUCUGUGUGAAGUAGGAAUCCCAGAGGGAGACAUCUGUUCAGACAGCCCCCAGGGUGUCAUUUCCCGUGGGGAGUGUGCUCGUGAGCUAGUGCCGCAGUCAGCUGCCCCCCAGUCAGUAAAGGACAGAACUGCUGGUUUGUGCAGUUCUUAGCGGUGCUUAAGCAGGGCUCCUAAACAAACGUCAUCUCACUCGUACGGAGCCUCCCAAAACAGGUCUGUUGGUUUUAAAUUUCAAACUGAAAUCAUAGAAUGCAGUCCCUGUAUUUUAAAAGAAAAGUGAUUCAGUUCCGUGUGCUGGGAUAUAUGAAUGAGCAAGCAGUCACCUCCAGCCCUGCUGAGCUCGAGCGAGGAAGUGGUGAGAGGCACUGCCCUGGCCUCCGUCAGAAGGGCCCUGGGCAGACAUGUGCAGAGCAUGUGUGACUCUUUGCCUGGCUUUUCUCCAUCGAGCUCUCAUUACCCAGCUGUUCUCCUGUUUUUGUUUUUUUGAGGUAGAGUCUCCUUCUAUCCCAAGCCAACCUGGAACUCAUUCUGUAGUCCCAGGCUGACCUCGAAUUCACAUAGAUCCUCCUACCGCUGCCCCCUGGUGCUGGGAUUAAAGAUGUGUGCCUGCCUGGCUACUAUCAAGCUAUUUAUUUUGAUGAGCUAUUUGGAGUUGUACGCAUCUUGAGUUUUUGUUCUUGCAUCAGUUAAGGUUUCACUUGGAGUUAUGAUUUACUGUCAUGGCAUUAGUAAUAGCUGCAGAAGUGACACAGUGGACAAUGCGUGGAACAGAGAACCCAGAGGCCUGAGCUUGCCCCACGCCCACCUGCAGCCGUUCUGACCGCAGGGUCUGUGAGAAGAAGACAGGAAGCAGUUCCUUCGUGAAGCAUUGAAGAAGGUUGUUCCGUACAGAGAGCGGAAAGGCAGAAAUACUGAAAUAAAGAUUAUUGAGUUAAACCA